AUGACUUCGAAUAUCGGUGUACCAACAAAACUACUUCAUGAAGCACUCGGCCACGUGAUCACCGUCGAACUCAAGACGGGACAGGUCUAUCGAGGCAAACUCCACGAUGCCGAAGAUAAUUUGAACAUCUCCUUGAAAGAUAUCACCGUCACUCAUCGAGAUGGACGAGUGACUCAGCUCGAUCAGGUGUACAUUCGAGGCCCGAUGAUUCGUCUAUACGUGGUUCCUGAUAUGUUGCAGAAUGCUCCUAUGUUCAAGCGAGGUACGGGAGUCAAAGGACGCGGGAUUGGAACGGCACGAGGACGGGCAACGAUCCAGCGGGCCCAAGCUCGGCGGGGACGUGGUGGUCCAUCUGGAGGAGGGAGGUCAGGUGGCGGUGGAAUGAGGCGCCAGUAA